GAGUAGCAUCGGUUGUUGCUCCGAGCAUCCUUAACCCACGAGUUCCCAUGGUACUCCUUCGAGUUGGUAGCUUCGUCGCAGAGUUCGUUCGUUCGCGUUGACCGCUCGUACAAUCGCGUUCGUCGGCUUUUCCAUAAGAUUUAUCUCCCAAGUGUUUUGUUCGGGCCCUCGCGGUCCAUUUACAGCUCUCGCUGCCCCCGCGUGUCGUUUUGUUAUCGUUAGAUCGUCCGCCCUCUCUCUCUCUCUCUCUCUUUCUCUCUUGUUUUUGCCAAUCAGUGCUGGUUUGAGUACUCGGAGACAAAAGGAUUAAGGGAGCCUCGCACCGAGGGCCGGCCCAGUGAAACGCGCGAGGGAAUAACGGAAAGAAACGAAACAGUGCGAGACACCACCGGCCACAUUUAUGGGGGUGUCCGGAGAGUGCGCGGUCAAAGGUACCGGCAGCAAGAGCAGCCAACCUUGUCACUGCUGCGGUAGUCAAGUCUCGAGCCUCGUCCCGAGCUUAUCGAACAACCUUCAUCCCACCAGUCACCAUAUCAAUCAACAGCAGCAACACAUGCACCACCAGAGAAAUCAGCAUCAGCUCGCUCACCAACAGAAUCACCAACAUCAUCAUCAGCACCACAACACUCAGGGAAAACACUCCGUUGAAAACGGCCACAAUCAAAAUACCGCUGAUAAUAACAUUCUUGCACCUCUGAGGAGCAAGAUGAAAGUGCUCAAGAAACUCAAACGGAGAAUGGGCCUAGCCCCGAGAUCAUCGAGCGCCGGGACCAACAAUUUACCGCCUAUGACGUUUCACCAAGUUCACGGUGACAAUAUAAGACUCUGCAACGGCGGAACGAUCGCCAGGCGGCACGAGAGUUUCUGCAAGGGUGUCACCUUCAGCGCCAGGCCCGUUCGCGUUGGCGAGAAGGUGUGCGUAAAGUUCCUGGAGAUGUCCGACAACUGGAGCGGCGUAAUACGUUUCGGUUUUACGAGCAACGAUCCGACGAAUCUGCGGAGCGGAUUGCCGAGAUACGCGUGUCCGGAUUUGACGAACAAGCCGGGCUAUUGGGCCAAGGCAUUGGCCGAAAGAUUCGCCGAGCGUGAUACCGUCCUCUUUUACUACGUCACGUCAGCCGGUGAUGUGCACUUUGGUGUGAACGGAGAGGAAAAAGGCGUUUUCUUCAGCGGGGUCGAGACGAGAGCUCCGUUGUGGGCCAUCAUCGACGUCUAUGGGAACAGCACGGCGAUCGAAUUCCUCGACCCGAAUAGGCAACACUUCAACAACAUCAGACGCGGCACGGAGCACAGCAACGAAGACAAUGCUCAACACAGUAGGCACACCGCUAUGGACGACGCGAGCAACGCUGGUCGCGAUGUUGAAAGAAUAAUCGUCACCUCGAUGCAAAAUAUGUGCAUUCAUCACGAUCCCGAUAUCGAUUUACCCGGGUUAAGGUUUCAGCCUUCCGGUGUACUCUUCACUCCACUCCCCUUUCACUCGGUUCGCGGCAGAAAUAUAAGAUUCAGCAACCAGCAGUGCGUUGCAACGAGAAGCGACACGGAGUUUUGUCACGGUUACGCAUUCACGGGAAGACCGUUGGUGCUGGGCGAGCGUUUGGUGGUCCAGAUAUUAUCGACGGAGCCGAUGUACGUCGGGGCACUGGCGCUGGGUUUGACGUCGUGCGACCCAGCGAGAUUGUCGGCGGAGGAUUUGCCGGACGACAGUGAUUUGUUGUUGGAUCGUCCGGAGUACUGGGUCGUUUCGAAGGACGUGGCGAUGAGUCCGCAGGCUGGCGACGAGAUAGCGUUUACGGUUACGCAUUACGGAGAGGUGAUGAUGAGUAAAAACGGGGGUCCACCGAACGUCGUUAUGCACGUCGAUCAGAGUCUUCAAUUGUGGGCGUUCGUCGACGUCUAUGGAAGUACGCAGCGCGUGAGAAUGCUGGCGAGCAGGCCAACCUCGCCUCCGAGACAACGCCAGCAAAACGGGAAUCCCGUGGCUGGCUCCAACGUUCCAGUAACCGCUGCGAGCAUCAACGUUGCGCAACAGCAGCAGCAACAGCAGCAACACCAACAACAACAGCAGCAGCAACAACAACACUCGAACAACAGCAACACGGCAACCGAAUUGUCGAGGUUUACGGAAAUGGUCCAAUUCAAACCGGUCGUUGGUGGUGGGACCGUUUUAGUUGUUAAUCUCCCUCCCCAAGGCGGCUACCCAGCCCCACAACCACCAACUCCUCAGCCAGCUCCGGUUUACGCGAGCACCACGCCAGCUCUGACUUCGCUAUCCUCGAGUUCGUCACAUCGAAAUUCCUCGAACGCUCAUAUGCCGACGGUGCCUCUAUUAACCGGCUCAUCGAGACAAAACUCUUCUCCCCUCACCGGUACGAUGGCCAGCACCGGCUCCUCCACUUACGUAGAUCCAGUCACUUAUCAAUCGAUCGAUCCCGUUCUGCCCUCCCAGUCUUCGUCCUCCUCGUCUUCAUCUUCCUCCCACUUACAACAAUGGAGCGAACGCUUCCAACCUACCCCGGGACAACCGAGCGAAUGCUCCAUUUGUUACGAGCGUAGUAUCGACAGUGUUCUUUAUAUGUGCGGCCAUAUGUGCAUGUGCUUCACUUGCGCCAUACAACAGUGGCGUGGCAAAGGCGGUGGACAUUGCCCACUUUGCAGAGCACCCAUCAGAGACGUUAUACGAAUUUAUCGAUCCUGAGUCACCACCAAUAAUCAAGCCUCGAAAUUUCGGUACUCGUGAGCCUCUUCUAUACAAACUUUCUUCCACCCCGUUCUCGACAAAUUCGAUUGACAAAAAAGAAACAAAACAAAUCGAUUUUUACGAAGGAGACAGAGAAGCAUUGAUGAAUCCGUGGUUGUCGUUGUUUGGGUCUCGAAGAAACACGCACGCAGAUAUGGCUCUGAGUUACUUUCGAUAUCGGAGCUUAUUCUUUUUCUCUGUGAUUGAUUUUUUCUCAUAUUGUUUGUAAUAAUGUUACUCGCUGAAUUUCACUGGGCUCUCUUUAAUUGCCCCGGAGCACGAGUAUCGCGGUGUAAUGAACUGAAACAAUUCUUGCAAACUAGAGAAUUACCUGCUAUGCGGUUGGCUCACCGCUAUUGGCCAAUCCCAUAACAGUCGUUUUCUAACAAGUUUUCGAAUUCGCUCGUCAAUAACUCACGGAAAUCCGACAAAUUAAUCGACGAUUAAUGAAACAAAAAAAACUGAUUACUUCCUUGGAAGUAUUGAGAAGAAAUUUGAAUGAGCAUUGAAAUCAUGUUGAAGAGUAGCGAAUUUUUGUAAAAUAUCUGUCUCAUACUGACGGAACGAGCUACUUCAUUUGUUGUAAAAAUAUUUAAAAUAUGACGAUGAUUCGACGGAAGAGUUUUUUCUUUGCAUUUUUUCCAAUGACAUGUGAUUCGAUUCUCAGGUGUCUCGAUCUAUUUUUCGGAAUAUUUAGUACAAGCCCACCGAAAUGAACGGUGGGCAAAAGAUUCGAACAAUUUUCCAUUAUAAAACGUAGUCAAUUAUGAAUAAAAGCCUGUAAUUUGCGAUAUUCCAAUAAAUAUGACGAGCCCUCCGAAUUCGUAAUCCGAUGGAGCGAUUUUUUCAUUUAAAAUAUCGACGAAGUUGACGAAUAUAAUUGGAUAAAAUGAAUGUUUGUUUAAAUGUGUAUACUCGAAUUAACGUAGCUUGGUCAAGAAUGUUCGCGAGUGCUACAAAUUUUUGCUACUUUGUUUCUUUUGCGAAUCCUCCGAAGCUCAAAAUGCUCCGAAACUUUUCACUGCCCGGCAAAAACGACGCCGAACUCAUCAAACUUAUUCCUACGUCUCUCUCUCUCUCUCUCUCUCUCGCUAUUUCUUUAGAAUCUCAUUGUUUUGUGCGUGAAUCAUCGCAUCAAGCAGCAACGAUCUGCCGACAGAAAUAUGGGCAUAAGAAAUGAGACAGAAGCACCAAAUUCGGCCGUAUUUAGUACUCAUUUUUUAAUAAAUACACUCAAAAUACAAAAAAAAACGUAAAAUCAACAAUAGCAACAGAAGUGGCCAGUAAAAAGAAGACGAAAUUGGUGUCUCUGUUCAGGGUCUCAUUCGUGAUGAAUAAACGAUGGAGGAUGUAAUAUUAUUUUCUAAUGAGAUAAAAACUUGUAUCGUCUCUGAAACGAUCAUUCUUUUAAAUCUCUUAUGACGAGUCCAUGAUGUUUAUAAUUUCGUUUUAAUUGGAAACAUAUUAUAAUUGUAUUAUCAGUGUCUUACCGCAAGUAGCGUUAGAAUGUUUAUUUCUUUGUGACUAUUAUUAUUCUUAUGAUUUUUUUUUUCCAUACGAUUAUCAUUAUAAUUAAUAUCAUUUUUAUCAGCAUUAUCAUCAUCGUCGUAUGUAAUAAGCUUGUCACAAUUAUUCGAUAAUCUCAUCUCGUUUAACAUUGGAAAGAAAGAAAGAGAGAUCAGAACCUGGUUUUAACAGGCAUUUGGACGACUUCGAACACGCUCGUUUCUGAAAAUUGUACUUUUUUUUCAUUCACAUCGUCUCUCAUGAGACUAUUGGUUCCUCGUGUUUUUUGAUAUUUUUUUGCUCCUUGCAAAAGAGAAUGAUUUGAAUGGAAAAGAAAACAAACAAACGAACAAGAAUAAUUGUUGAUAGUAAGAAUCAAACUGUGCGAAACCUCGUGUCCAUUGCCAAAGAAAUGGUGCAGAGAGCUUUGGCGAUCGUCUAAGACAACGAUUUGUCCGGGCAAACGGAUGAAAAAAUAAUGGAUAAAUGAAUCAUUGAGCGAAACUUUUGAUACGGUAGCUUGGCUAUGUAGCUUUUUUAACCGAGUGUAACGUUGCGCGAGCAGAACUCGCGGAACUGUUGAUAUUUUUUUGUUCUACGAAACAUUGCGAGGUCCGCGUAUAGAGUUCGACGAAACUGCUUGGAUAAUAAUCGUAGUUGAGUGAAACGUUGCACGAGCAGAAUACAGAAAUGCUCCGUUGUUUGGGCGAACAGGAGUGAGACUUGUGACGAUUUUAUCAUUUGAUUCUUUCUUGAAAAAAAAAACAUGAUCUUCGGGGUUUUUCCCACUCCUUGGAAGCAUGUAAAAAACGAGUGUUCGAAAGAAAAAUUCUGCAGAUUCAGGACAACGAGAGCUUCUUUGUCUCAGCUCAAACACUUGUUUACUUCGUUUCGCAAGUUAUUAAUCGCUCUCAAAGACGAUAAUAAUAUUAAUAUUGAAGUAGAGAUUUCGGCAGGCAAAAUAGUCGCGAAUGGCUGUAAGUCUCGUAGCAAAUGUUUGCCCGUAAAUAAAGGGGUUAGGAUGAAACGAAUGGAUCGAAAAUAUUAUGUCAGCGGACGUUAGAUUGAUCGAUGUUCCGACAGAUGAGAUUUUUCAUUUCCGAUUACUUUGUGUUUCACUCUUGUAGCGUACAAAAUCGCCAAACAUGUGACUCUGGUACUGCGAAAAAAAAAAAAAAACAAAAAGUAACCACAAGCAACUUCUAUGCAGAAGAUUUCGUGCGUGGUAGAAAACGGAAAGAACAAAAAAACGUUAAAAUAACAAAUAUUAAUUUAAGCGAGAAAGAUCGAAAGUUGGUAAAAGAUAAAGAUCAGUCAUGCAAAAUAGACACACGCAAUAAAUGCUGUAGUGAAAUCUCUAGUCCAGCGAGCGGCAGUCACCACUCGUCUGCCAAUCCAAAAAAAAAACAAAAAAAAAACAAAUAAAAACAAUUGAAAAAGAAAAAUGAAUAAAUAAGAUUUAAAGAAAAAAUAAGGACGAAAGAAGAAGAAUCACGAAGAUUUAAGGUUAGAACGAACGAGAUAAAUUUUAUAGACACAGAGAGUAUGCGAAUGGAGAAAGUGAAUUGCGUUUAUCGUCCGAAAAAAUAAUAAUAUUAAUUAUAAAACGAAAUUUCGGUCGACACGUAUGCGCAUCAUUUAUUAGGUUAUUACAAGUAUAAUUAUUUUUAUUCUAAUUAUUCUUCUUAUCCCUAGCAUUAUUAUUAUUAUUAUUAUUAUCAUUAUCAUUAUUAUUAAUAAUAUUAUUAUAUCGAGCAUUGAAGAAAAUAUUAAACGAUUAAUUUGCUAACUCGUUUUUGUUGUUCAUUUGCGUACGUGGGCGUAUGGCUGAUUAUGUGUGUUCGAGUGAAAGAGGGAUUGAGAAAAGUCAGAGGGAGGAAAAUGUUCCGAUAAAUUCGCUGAUUAAAUUCUAAGAAAUCACCAAUCAAUGGAUCGAAAGAAUACAAAUGCAGAAUCAGUAGAAUGUUUUUUACUUAACAUCGAACGAUAUUAUGAUACAGUUAUAAGAAAAGGAAAUCCUCGUGUCAAGUUUUCCGAAAUUUAUUGAUUUUGCGGCGUAAAUAUUUUCUGAUUCGCUGUGGCAAUUUCACACGUGGCGAUGGGAAUCAUUCAAAUUUGUAUCCUCGAUUCGUGACCGUGGUUUUCAAAUUCCUCGGGUGGUUCUGUAACGUGAAAUUUAAACGUUCUUUCUCGACUCUUGAAAUUCGAAUUAUUCCGAGAUUGCUUUGAAUUUUUUUGGCCGAGAGCAACUGCCGGACAAUGAUCACCCAAUUUCUGUGAUUCUCAUCGACUUUUGAAAAAUCUAUCAAAGGAUUAACGUUGCUUUUUCGUCGGAAAACUCAAUGCCGAAAAAUCUGACGAUGAGAGGAGGGAAAACUACACACUUUCGUACAUUGAAUGGUGAUAAAUAGUGUGUUUGUUUGUUUAUCCUGCACGAGCACGUGUGCUCGACGAACAGGAGUAAAUAAUCUAAAAAUGGGGCGCGAAAAAAAAUAAUUCGGGGGACAUCCGUGCCGAACAUCUGGCCAAAAAUGCACAAUUCCUUUCGCGUUUUCGAAUGUGGGCUCGCGGCUGUCCCACCGCUUCGCCGUCCUUGUCGCGUGUGUUGUUUGUUAUACUUGACUGGUUCUUAUGAAUGAUCGAUGUGCAGUUCGAAGACUCGUCUUGGAAUAGUUGGAUGUAAAAAAAAAAAAUAAAAAUAAAAUUAAAUGAAUGCCGAUAUAAAAGUUUAUACAUAUGUAAUAUAAUUGGCUCAGUUGUUUUGGGCUGUUCUAUACGAAUAAAAAUGAUGAAAACAAA